AUGCCGCCCCCUGCUGUGGUGAAGCCGCACCCGCUGUGGACUGGCAAGCAGGUGAGGGAGGAGAUAGAUCCGGUGAGAUUGGAGAUAGAUCAGGUGAAAGUGGAGAUAGAUCAGGUGAGAGUGGAGAUAGAUCAGGUGAGAGUGGAGAUAGAUCAGGUGAGUGAGAAUGCAGGAAGGAGGUUUCGUGCUCUCCCUGAUGCCGGUGCUGCCAUCAAGAUGCCCCCCCCUGCUGUGGUGAAGCCGCAACCGCUGUGGACUGGCAAGCAGGUGAGGGAGGAGAUAGAUCCGGUGAGAUUGGAGAUAGAUCAGGUGAGAUUGGAGAUAGAUCAGGUGAGAUCGGAGAUAGAUCAGGUGAGAGUGGAGAUAGAUCAGGUGAGAGUGGAGAUAGAUCAGGUGAGAGUGGAGAUAGAUCAGGUGAGUGAGAAUGCAGGAAGGAGGUUUCGCGCUCUCCCUGAUGCCGGUGCUGCCAUCAAGAUGCCCCCCCCUGCUGUGGUGAAGCCGCAACCGCUGUGGACUGGCAAGCAGGUGAGGGAGGAGAUAGAUCCGGUGAGAUUGGAGAUAGAUCAGGUGAGAUUGGAGAUAGAUCAGGUGAGAUCGGAGAUAGAUCAGGUGAGAGUGGAGAUAGAUCAGGUGAGAGUGGAGAUAGAUCAGGUGAGAGUGGAGAUAGAUCAGGUGAGUGAGAAUGCAGGAAGGAGGUUUCGCGCUCUCCCUGAUGCCGGUGCUGCCAUCAAGAUGCCCCCCCCUGCUGUGGUGAAGCCGCAACCGCUGUGGACUGGCAAGCAGGUGAGGGAGGAGAUAGAUCCGGUGAGAUUGGAGAUAGAUCAGGUGAGAUUGGAGAUAGAUCAGGUGAGAUCGGAGAUAGAUCAGGUGAGAGUGGAGAUAGAUCAGGUGAGAGUGGAGAUAGAUCAGGUGAGAGUGGAGAUAGAUCAGGUGAGUGAGAAUGCAGGAAGGAGGUUUCGCGCUCUCCCUGAUGCCGGUGCUGCCAUCAAGAUGCCCCCCCCUGCUGUGGUGAAGCCGCAACCGCUGUGGACUGGCAAGCAGGUGAGGGAGGAGAUAGAUCCGGUGAGAUUGGAGAUAGAUCAGGUGAGAUUGGAGAUAGAUCAGGUGAGAUCGGAGAUAGAUCAGGUGAGAGUGGAGAUAGAUCAGGUGAGAGUGGAGAUAGAUCAGGUGAGAGUGGAGAUAGAUCAGGUGAGUGAGAAUGCAGGAAGGAGGUUUCGCGCUCUCCCUGAUGCCGGUGCUGCCAUCAACAUGCCCCCCCCUGCUGUGGUGAAGCCACAACCGCUGUGGACUGGCAAGCAGGUGAGGGAGGAGAUAGAUCCGGUGAGAUUGGAGAUAGAUCAGGUGAGAUUGGAGAUAGAUCAGGUGAGAUCGGAGAUAGAUCAGGUGAGAGUGGAGAUAGAUCAGGUGAGAGUGGAGAUAGAUCAGGUGAGAGUGGAGAUAGAUCAGGUGAGUGAGAAUGCAGGAAGGAGGUUUCGCGCUCUCCCUGAUGCCGGUGCUGCCAUCAAGAUGCCCCCCCCUGCUGUGGUGAAGCCGCAACCGCUGUGGACUGGCAAGCAGGUGAGGGAGGAGAUAGAUCCGGUGAGAUUGGAGAUAGAUCAGGUGAGAUUGGAGAUAGAUCAGGUGAGAUCGGAGAUAGAUCAGGUGAGAGUGGAGAUAGAUCAGGUGAGAGUGGAGAUAGAUCAGGUGAGAGUGGAGAUAGAUCAGGUGAGUGAGAAUGCAGGAAGGAGGUUUCGCGCUCUCCCUGAUGCCGGUGCUGCCAUCAAGAUGCCCCCCCCUGCUGUGGUGAAGCCGCAACCGCUGUGGACUGGCAAGCAGGUGAGGGAGGAGAUAGAUCCGGUGAGAUUGGAGAUAGAUCAGGUGAGAUUGGAGAUAGAUCAGGUGAGAUCGGAGAUAGAUCAGGUGAGAGUGGAGAUAGAUCAGGUGAGAGUGGAGAUAGAUCAGGUGAGAGUGGAGAUAGAUCAGGUGAGUGAGAAUGCAGGAAGGAGGUUUCGCGCUCUCCCUGAUGCCGGUGCUGCCAUCAAGAUGCCCCCCCCUGCUGUGGUGAAGCCGCAACCGCUGUGGACUGGCAAGCAGGUGAGGGAGGAGAUAGAUCCGGUGAGAUUGGAGAUAGAUCAGGUGAGAUUGGAGAUAGAUCAGGUGAGAUCGGAGAUAGAUCAGGUGAGAGUGGAGAUAGAUCAGGUGAGAGUGGAGAUAGAUCAGGUGAGAGUGGAGAUAGAUCAGGUGAGUGAGAAUGCAGGAAGGAGGUUUCGCGCUCUCCCUGAUGCCGGUGCUGCCAUCAACAUGCCCCCCCCUGCUGUGGUGAAGCCACAACCGCUGUGGACUGGCAAGCAGUUUUCUCUCCGCUAUCUUCUCCUCUUCUCCUCUUCACCGCUAUCUUCUCCUCUUCUCCGCUAUCUUCUCCUCUUCUCCGCUAUCUUCUCCUCUUCUCCGCUAUCUUCUCCUCUUCUCCGCUAUCUUCUCCUCUUCUCCACUAUCUUCUCCUCUUCUCCACUAUCUUCUCCUCUUCUCCGCUAUCUUCUCCUCUUCUCCACUAUCUUCUCCUCUUCUCCACUAUCUUCUCCUCUUCUCCGCUAUCUUCUCCUCUUCUCCACUAUCUUCUCCUCUUCUCCGCUAUCUUCUCCUCUUCUCCGCUAUCUUCUCCUCUUCUCCACUAUCUUCUCCUCUUCUCCGCUAUCUUCUCCUCUUCUCCGCUAUCUUCUCCUCUUCUCCGCUAUCUUCUCCUCUUCUCCGCUAUCUUCUCCUCUUCUCCGCUAUCUUCUCCUCUUCUCCACUAUCUUCUCCUCUUCUCCGCUAUCUUCUCCUCUUCUCCGCUAUCUUCUCCUCUUCUCCGCUAUCUUCUCCUCUUCUCCACUAUCUUCUCCUCUUCUCCGCUAUCUUCUCCUCUUCUCCGCUAUCUUCUCCUCUUCUCCACUAUCUUCUCCUCUUCUCCACUAUCUUCUCCUCUUCUCCGCUAUCUUCUCCUCUUCUCCGCUAUCUUCUCCUCUUCUCCGCUAUCUUCUCCUCUUCUCCACUAUCUUCUCCUCUUCUCCGCUAUCUUCUCCUCUUCUCCGCUAUCUUCUCCUCUUCUCCGCUAUCUUCUCCUCUUCUCCACUAUCUUCUCCUCUUCUCCGCUAUCUUCUCCUCUUCUCCGCUAUCUUCUCCUCUUCUCCGCUAUCUUCUCCUCUUCUCCACUAUCUUCUCCUCUUCUCCGCUAUCUUCUCCUCUUCUCCGCUAUCUUCUCCUCUUCUCCACUAUCUUCUCCUCUUCUCCACUAUCUUCUCCUCUUCUCCGCUAUCUUCUCCUCUUCUCCGCUAUCUUCUCCUCUUCUCCGCUAUCUUCUCCUCUUCUCCACUAUCUUCUCCUCUUCUCCGCUAUCUUCUCCUCUUCUCCGCUAUCUUCUCCUCUUCUCCGCUAUCUUCUCCUCUUCUCCACUAUCUUCUCCUCUUCUCCGCUAUCUUCUCCUCUUCUCCACUAUCUUCUCCUCUUCUCCGCUAUCUUCUCCUCUUCUCCGCUAUCUUCUCCUCUUCUCCGCUAUCUUCUCCUCUUCUCCGCUAUCUUCUCCUCUUCUCCACUAUCUUCUCCUCUUCUCCGCUAUCUUCUCCUCUUCUCCGCUAUCUUCUCCUCUUCUCCGCUAUCUUCUCCUCUUCUCCACUAUCUUCUCCUCUUCUCCGCUAUCUUCUCCUCUUCUCCGCUAUCUUCUCCUCUUCUCCACUAUCUUCUCCUCUUCUCCACUAUCUUCUCCUCUUCUCCGCUAUCUUCUCCUCUUCUCCGCUAUCUUCUCCUCUUCUCCGCUAUCUUCUCCUCUUCUCCACUAUCUUCUCCUCUUCUCCGCUAUCUUCUCCUCUUCUCCGCUAUCUUCUCCUCUUCUCCGCUAUCUUCUCCUCUUCUCCGCUAUCUUCUCCUCUUCUCCACUAUCUUCUCCUCUUCUCCGCUAUCUUCUCCUCUUCUCCGCUAUCUUCUCCUCUUCUCCACUAUCUUCUCCUCUUCUCCACUAUCUUCUCCUCUUCUCCGCUAUCUUCUCCUCUUCUCCGCUAUCUUCUCCUCUUCUCCGCUAUCUUCUCCUCUUCUCCACUAUCUUCUCCUCUUCUCCGCUAUCUUCUCCUCUUCUCCGCUAUCUUCUCCUCUUCUCCGCUAUCUUCUCCUCUUCUCCGCUAUCUUCUCCUCUUCUCCACUAUCUUCUCCUCUUCUCCGCUAUCUUCUCCUCUUCUCCGCUAUCUUCUCCUCUUCUCCGCUAUCUUCUCCUCUUCUCCACUAUCUUCUCCUCUUCUCCGCUAUCUUCUCCUCUUCUCCGCUAUCUUCUCCUCUUCUCCACUAUCUUCUCCUCUUCUCCACUAUCUUCUCCUCUUCUCCGCUAUCUUCUCCUCUUCUCCGCUAUCUUCUCCUCUUCUCCGCUAUCUUCUCCUCUUCUCCACUAUCUUCUCCUCUUCUCCGCUAUCUUCUCCUCUUCUCCGCUAUCUUCUCCUCUUCUCCGCUAUCUUCUCCUCUUCUCCACUAUCUUCUCCUCUUCUCCACUAUCUUCUCCUCUUCUCCGCUAUCUUCUCCUCUUCUCCACUAUCUUCUCCUCUUCUCCGCUAUCUUCUCCUCUUCUCCGCUAUCUUCUCCUCUUCUCCGCUAUCUUCUCCUCUUCUCCGCUAUCUUCUCCUCUUCUCCACUAUCUUCUCCUCUUCUCCGCUAUCUUCUCCUCUUCUCCGCUAUCUUCUCCUCUUCUCCGCUAUCUUCUCCUCUUCUCCACUAUCUUCUCCUCUUCUCCGCUAUCUUCUCCUCUUCUCCGCUAUCUUCUCCUCUUCUCCACUAUCUUCUCCUCUUCUCCACUAUCUUCUCCUCUUCUCCGCUAUCUUCUCCUCUUCUCCGCUAUCUUCUCCUCUUCUCCGCUAUCUUCUCCUCUUCUCCACUAUCUUCUCCUCUUCUCCGCUAUCUUCUCCUCUUCUCCGCUAUCUUCUCCUCUUCUCCGCUAUCUUCUCCUCUUCUCCACUAUCUUCUCCUCUUCUCCGCUAUCUUCUCCUCUUCUCCACUAUCUUCUCCUCUUCUCCGCUAUCUUCUCCUCUUCUCCGCUAUCUUCUCCUCUUCUCCGCUAUCUUCUCCUCUUCUCCGCUAUCUUCUCCUCUUCUCCACUAUCUUCUCCUCUUCUCCGCUAUCUUCUCCUCUUCUCCGCUAUCUUCUCCUCUUCUCCGCUAUCUUCUCCUCUUCUCCACUAUCUUCUCCUCUUCUCCGCUAUCUUCUCCUCUUCUCCGCUAUCUUCUCCUCUUCUCCGCUAUCUUCUCCUCUUCUCCGCUAUCUUCUCCUCUUCUCCACUAUCUUCUCCUCUUCUCCGCUAUCUUCUCCUCUUCUCCGCUAUCUUCUCCUCUUCUCCGCUAUCUUCUCCUCUUCUCCGCUAUCUUCUCCUCUUCUCCGCUAUCUUCUCCUCUUCUCCACUAUCUUCUCCUCUUCUCCGCUAUCUUCUCCUCUUCUCCGCUAUCUUCUCCUCUUCUCCGCUAUCUUCUCCUCUUCUCCGCUAUCUUCUCCUCUUCUCCACUAUCUUCUCCUCUUCUCCGCUAUCUUCUCCUCUUCUCCGCUAUCUUCUCCUCUUCUCCACUAUCUUCUCCUCUUCUCCACUAUCUUCUCCUCUUCUCCGCUAUCUUCUCCUCUUCUCCGCUAUCUUCUCCUCUUCUCCGCUAUCUUCUCCUCUUCUCCACUAUCUUCUCCUCUUCUCCGCUAUCUUCUCCUCUUCUCCGCUAUCUUCUCCUCUUCUCCGCUAUCUUCUCCUCUUCUCCACUAUCUUCUCCUCUUCUCCGCUAUCUUCUCCUCUUCUCCACUAUCUUCUCCUCUUCUCCGCUAUCUUCUCCUCUUCUCCGCUAUCUUCUCCUCUUCUCCGCUAUCUUCUCCUCUUCUCCGCUAUCUUCUCCUCUUCUCCACUAUCUUCUCCUCUUCUCCGCUAUCUUCUCCUCUUCUCCGCUAUCUUCUCCUCUUCUCCGCUAUCUUCUCCUCUUCUCCACUAUCUUCUCCUCUUCUCCGCUAUCUUCUCCUCUUCUCCGCUAUCUUCUCCUCUUCUCCACUAUCUUCUCCUCUUCUCCACUAUCUUCUCCUCUUCUCCGCUAUCUUCUCCUCUUCUCCGCUAUCUUCUCCUCUUCUCCGCUAUCUUCUCCUCUUCUCCACUAUCUUCUCCUCUUCUCCGCUAUCUUCUCCUCUUCUCCGCUAUCUUCUCCUCUUCUCCGCUAUCUUCUCCUCUUCUCCGCUAUCUUCUCCUCUUCUCCACUAUCUUCUCCUCUUCUCCGCUAUCUUCUCCUCUUCUCCGCUAUCUUCUCCUCUUCUCCGCUAUCUUCUCCUCUUCUCCGCUAUCUUCUCCUCUUCUCCACUAUCUUCUCCUCUUCUCCGCUAUCUUCUCCUCUUCUCCGCUAUCUUCUCCUCUUCUCCGCUAUCUUCUCCUCUUCUCCGCUAUCUUCUCCUCUUCUCCACUAUCUUCUCCUCUUCUCCGCUAUCUUCUCCUCUUCUCCACUAUCUUCUCCUCUUCUCCGCUAUCUUCUCCUCUUCUCCACUAUCUUCUCCUCUUCUCCGCUAUCUUCUCCUCUUCUCCGCUAUCUUCUCCUCUUCUCCGCUAUCUUCUCCUCUUCUCCGCUAUCUUCUCCUCUUCUCCACUAUCUUCUCCUCUUCUCCGCUAUCUUCUCCUCUUCUCCGCUAUCUUCUCCUCUUCUCCGCUAUCUUCUCCUCUUCUCCGCUAUCUUCUCCUCUUCUCCACUAUCUUCUCCUCUUCUCCGCUAUCUUCUCCUCUUCUCCGCUAUCUUCUCCUCUUCUCCGCUAUCUUCUCCUCUUCUCCGCUAUCUUCUCCUCUUCUCCACUAUCUUCUCCUCUUCUCCGCUAUCUUCUCCUCUUCUCCGCUAUCUUCUCCUCUUCUCCGCUAUCUUCUCCUCUUCUCCGCUAUCUUCUCCUCUUCUCCACUAUCUUCUCCUCUUCUCCGCUAUCUUCUCCUCUUCUCCGCUAUCUUCUCCUCUUCUCCACUAUCUUCUCCUCUUCUCCACUAUCUUCUCCUCUUCUCCGCUAUCUUCUCCUCUUCUCCGCUAUCUUCUCCUCUUCUCCGCUAUCUUCUCCUCUUCUCCACUAUCUUCUCCUCUUCUCCGCUAUCUUCUCCUCUUCUCCGCUAUCUUCUCCUCUUCUCCGCUAUCUUCUCCUCUUCUCCACUAUCUUCUCCUCUUCUCCGCUAUCUUCUCCUCUUCUCCACUAUCUUCUCCUCUUCUCCGCUAUCUUCUCCUCUUCUCCGCUAUCUUCUCCUCUUCUCCGCUAUCUUCUCCUCUUCUCCGCUAUCUUCUCCUCUUCUCCACUAUCUUCUCCUCUUCUCCGCUAUCUUCUCCUCUUCUCCGCUAUCUUCUCCUCUUCUCCGCUAUCUUCUCCUCUUCUCCACUAUCUUCUCCUCUUCUCCGCUAUCUUCUCCUCUUCUCCGCUAUCUUCUCCUCUUCUCCACUAUCUUCUCCUCUUCUCCACUAUCUUCUCCUCUUCUCCGCUAUCUUCUCCUCUUCUCCGCUAUCUUCUCCUCUUCUCCGCUAUCUUCUCCUCUUCUCCACUAUCUUCUCCUCUUCUCCGCUAUCUUCUCCUCUUCUCCGCUAUCUUCUCCUCUUCUCCGCUAUCUUCUCCUCUUCUCCGCUAUCUUCUCCUCUUCUCCACUAUCUUCUCCUCUUCUCCGCUAUCUUCUCCUCUUCUCCGCUAUCUUCUCCUCUUCUCCGCUAUCUUCUCCUCUUCUCCGCUAUCUUCUCCUCUUCUCCACUAUCUUCUCCUCUUCUCCGCUAUCUUCUCCUCUUCUCCGCUAUCUUCUCCUCUUCUCCGCUAUCUUCUCCUCUUCUCCGCUAUCUUCUCCUCUUCUCCACUAUCUUCUCCUCUUCUCCGCUAUCUUCUCCUCUUCUCCACUAUCUUCUCCUCUUCUCCGCUAUCUUCUCCUCUUCUCCACUAUCUUCUCCUCUUCUCCGCUAUCUUCUCCUCUUCUCCGCUAUCUUCUCCUCUUCUCCGCUAUCUUCUCCUCUUCUCCACUAUCUUCUCCUCUUCUCCGCUAUCUUCUCCUCUUCUCCACUAUCUUCUCCUCUUCUCCGCUAUCUUCUCCUCUUCUCCGCUAUCUUCUCCUCUUCUCCGCUAUCUUCUCCUCUUCUCCGCUAUCUUCUCCUCUUCUCCACUAUCUUCUCCUCUUCUCCGCUAUCUUCUCCUCUUCUCCGCUAUCUUCUCCUCUUCUCCGCUAUCUUCUCCUCUUCUCCACUAUCUUCUCCUCUUCUCCGCUAUCUUCUCCUCUUCUCCGCUAUCUUCUCCUCUUCUCCACUAUCUUCUCCUCUUCUCCACUAUCUUCUCCUCUUCUCCACUAUCUUCUCCUCUUCUCCGCUAUCUUCUCCUCUUCUCCGCUAUCUUCUCCUCUUCUCCGCUAUCUUCUCCUCUUCUCCACUAUCUUCUCCUCUUCUCCGCUAUCUUCUCCUCUUCUCCGCUAUCUUCUCCUCUUCUCCGCUAUCUUCUCCUCUUCUCCGCUAUCUUCUCCUCUUCUCCGCUAUCUUCUCCUCUUCUCCGCUAUCUUCUCCUCUUCUCCGCUAUCUUCUCCUCUUCUCCACUAUCUUCUCCUCUUCUCCGCUAUCUUCUCCUCUUCUCCGCUAUCUUCUCCUCUUCUCCACUAUCUUCUCCUCUUCUCCACUAUCUUCUCCUCUUCUCCGCUAUCUUCUCCUCUUCUCCGCUAUCUUCUCCUCUUCUCCGCUAUCUUCUCCUCUUCUCCACUAUCUUCUCCUCUUCUCCGCUAUCUUCUCCUCUUCUCCGCUAUCUUCUCCUCUUCUCCGCUAUCUUCUCCUCUUCUCCGCUAUCUUCUCCUCUUCUCCACUAUCUUCUCCUCUUCUCCACUAUCUUCUCCUCUUCUCCGCUAUCUUCUCCUCUUCUCCACUAUCUUCUCCUCUUCUCCGCUAUCUUCUCCUCUUCUCCACCGCACUCAUAUCCUGCUCCGUCAUCACAGCGCUGCUGCAACUGCUGACGGAGGGGCAGCAACCAAUGACAAUGGAGGUGGCGUGCAAGGUGUCGGCGCGCUAUUGGGGGAAGGGGCGGCAGGAGGACGCGACACUGCGGGUGCGGGGCGGCGAGGUGGUAACGGGGGUGUUUGACAAGGCGCAGUUCGCCCGCUAUGGCCUCGUGCACUGCUUCCAGGAGCUCUACGGCUGCCCUGCUGCCGGCAAGCUGCUCUCCUCCCUCAGCCGCCUCCUCACCACCUUCCUCCAGAUCCGCGGGUUCACCUGUGGGGUGGGCGAUUUGCUGCUGACAGCCCCUGCAGAGGCGGAGCGGGCAGCAAUCAUAUCGCGUGCGGACAGCAUUGGCGACCCUGUGUAUGCGCAGUUCGUGGGGCUCACCGGGAAGAAGGCCGAGACUGCGAACAAGGAGUGGGUGAGGCAGCACGUGGCCCUGCAGCUGCGCACGCGGAAAGACGCGGCAACAGCAGCGCUCGACAACCGGAUGACCUCCGCCCUCAGCAAGGUCACCACCGCUGCAACCUCCGCCGCACUGCCCGACGGGCAGCUGAAACCUUUCCCGGCCAAUUGCAUGUCGCUGAUGACGGUCACGGGCGCCAAGGGCAGCGGCGUGAAUUUCAACCAGAUUGCGGUGCUGCUGGGGCAGCAGGAGCUGGAGGGGAAGCGAGUGCCAAGGAUGGCGUCGGGGAAGACUCUGCCGUGCUUUGAGGCGUGGAGCAGCGAGGCCAGAGCGGGCGGGUUCAUUGCGGAUCGGUUUUUGACUGGGUUGCGCCCGCAGGAGUAUUACUUUCACUGCAUGGCAGGACGCGACGGGCUUGUGGACACAACAGUCAAGACCUCUCGCAGUGGGUACCUGCAGCGGUGCCUGGUGAAGAACCUCGAGGGGCUGCGUGUGCACUAUGACUACAGCGUGCGGGACAGCGAUGCGUCCAUUGUUCAGUUCCGAUACGGAGAAGAUGCCAUCGACACCAGCCGGACGUCAUUCCUCACCAACUUUGAGUUCAUCAAAGAGAAUGAGCUACAGGUGGCAUCAGCCCUCCGCUUGGACGAAGCCAAGGCUCUCGGCCUCGAGACAAUGCCUCCCCGCGCCACUGCUUCUGCUGAUUCAGCAGACCCAGCAGCAGCAGCAGCAGCAGCAGCAACAGAGGCAGCAGAGGUGAUGGAUGUGGAGUGUCCAGGAUCGAAGCUCGGUGUCGUUUCUCCCGCCUUUGAAGCUGCUUCCGAGAAGUUUCUGCAGUCGGCGGUUCUGGGGAAGGGCGCGAAGGGAACCGGGAAGAAGGGGAAGAAGAAGGAUGCAGAGCGGUUGAGAGAGGUGCUGGAGAUGAAGUACCUGGCGUCUACUGUGCAGCCAGGGGAGCCAGUGGGGGUGCUGGCGGCUCAGUCAGUCGGAGAGCCCUCCACACAGAUGACGCUGAACACGUUCCACUUUGCAGGGCGAGGAGAGGCGAACGUGACUCUGGGCAUUCCACGGUUGCGUGAGAUCCUCAUGACGGCCGCUCGCAACAUCUCCACGCCUGUCAUGGACUGCCCUCUGCUGCCCGGCCCAAUAUCAGCUUGUUUCCAUCCACCCCCCUCCACCCCCUUCCACCGCCUUCCACCCCAUUCCACCCCAUUCCACCCCCUUCCACCGCCCUUCACCUCCUUCCACCUCCUUCCACCUCCUUCCACCCCAUUCCAACCCCUUCCACCCUUUUCCACCCCCUUCCACCUCCCUCCCUCCAGUGAGGACGCCCAGCGCAUAGCCAACAAGCUCCGUCGGAUCACGAUGGCCGAGCUGAUCUCAGCCAUCCAUGUGUCGGAGCGCACGAAUCUGGUCCAGAUCAACGGUGGAGAUCGCAACUCAAGGCGCUACUUCAUCCGCCUGGCGUUCCACCCCACCAGCCGCUACCCUGCAGAUCUUGACCUUAAGUUCGAAGAAAUCAAGGCCGCGUUCAGUUACGAGUUUGCUCCCAGGGUCGGGAAAGCUCUGGAGAGGGCUUUGGAUCGGGCUGGAGGUGGGGGUGUGGUGGUGAUGGCUGAGGGCCGUGGGGAGAAAGAAGGGGGUGAGGGAGAGGGGGAGGAUGGGGAGGGGGAAGGGGAGGUGGAGGGGAAGAGGAAAGGAGGGAAGAAGGGAGGGAAGAAGGGCGGGAUGGUUGAUGGGGAAGCGGAGGAAGAGGAGGAAGAGGAGGAGGGAGGGGAGGAGGAUGGGAAGGAUGCUGAGAAGGAGCGCGGACAGGGGGAUGAUGAACAGGAAUAUGAGGAGGAAGAGGAGGAAGAAGAGGAGGAAGAGGAAGAGGAGGAAGAGGAGGAAGAAGAGGAAACGGCAGAGGGAGAGGAGGGGGUGGAGCAGGCAGAGGAGGAGGAUGGAGCUGCCGGUGCCGGGGUGACGUCAACCACCGUGCUCAUCCAUGAGAUUGUUGACAAGGUAGCAGCAGCAGUGGUGGUGCGAGCUACACCGGGAGGGCAGCGCUGUGCUGCCCUGGAUCCAGCCUCCCCCGGCCAGCCCCCCCGCAUCCAAAUUGUUGACAAGGUAGCAGCAGCAGUGGUGGUGCGAGCUACACCGGGAGUGCAGCGCUGUGCUGCUCUGGAACCAGUAUCCCCCGGCCAGCCCCCGCGCAUCCAAGUCGAGGGGCUCAACUUCCCCGGCCUCUGGAACCUCGCAGUAUCAACCAUGGGGAAGCAUGAUGAUGAGGGAGUGCUCGAUCUGAAUCGGCUCUCAACGAAUCACAUCGCGGCGGUUUUGUCGACGCUUGGCGUGGAGGCGGCGCGCGCGACGAUCGUGAAGGAGGUUCGGGGCGUGUUCGGGAUGUACGGGAUCGCGGUGGAUCCGAGGCAUUUGGGUCUGAUUGCGGAUUUUAUGACGUAUGAUGGCGGUUACCGCGCGUGUAACCGUAAUGGGAUUGACGCGAACCCGUCGCCGAUUCUAAAGAUGAGCUUUGAGACGGCGACCAAGUUUUUGAUUAAUGCGGCGUCCAAGGGGCAGACUGAUCGGAUGGAGUCUCCGUCUUCGAGGAUUGCGCUUGGGAGGGUGGUGGAUGUUGGGAGUGGGUGCUUUGAUCUGAUGCACAACCUGUGA